UCUACAAUACACCAACUCUUCAGCACCAUGGCCACUCUAGGCAUCACUGUCGCCCUGCUGAUAUGGAUUGCUACACUGCUGCUUGUCCACAUCUGGAAGCAGAUCUACAGUAGCUGGAAGCUACCCCCUGGCCCUUUCCCACUACCCAUCCUAGGGAACAUUUUACAGCUGGAUCUCAAGAAUAUCCCCCAAUCUUUCAGCAGGCUUGCACAGCGCUAUGGGCCCGUGUUUACUGUGUACCUGGGUCCCCGCCGUGCGGUGGUCCUGCAUGGCUACAAGGCUGUGAGGGAAGUUUUGCUCAGCUACAAGAACGAGUUUUCUGGCAGAGGAGAGUUGUUCGCCUUUGAGGCACACAAGGACAGAGGAAUCAUUUUCAAUAAUGGGCCUACCUGGAAGGACACCCGGCGAUUUGCCCUGAGCACCCUACGUGACUAUGGCAUGGGCAAGCAGGGCAACGAGCAGAGGAUCCAGAGGGAGGCUCCCUUCCUUCUGGAGGCACUCCGCAAGACCAACGGUCAGCCCUUUGACCCCACAUUUGUCAUCGGCUGUGCCCCCUGCAAUGUCAUAGCUGACAUCCUCUUCCGCAAGCAUUUUGAUUAUGAUGAUAAGACCUGCCAAAGAAUGAUGGCCUUGUUUAAUGAGAACUUCUACCUCCUCAGUACGCCCUGGCUCCAGGUCUAUAAUAAUUUUUCAAGCUAUCUACGUUACCUACCUGGAAGUCACAGAAAAGUCAUAGGAAAUGUGUAUGAAAUAAAAGAGUAUGUACUAGAAAGAGUGAAGGAGCACCACAAAUCGCUGGACCCCAACUGCUUCCGAGACUUCACAGACUGCCUGCUUACAGAAAUGGAGAAGGUAAAAGAUGGUGAAGAGCCUGGGUACAACUUGGACAGCAUUGCCGUGACUGUUGCUGACCUGUUCUUUGCGGGGACAGAGACCACCAGCACCACUCUGAGAUAUGGUCUUCUGAUUCUCAUGAAAUACCCAGAGAUUGAAGAGAAACUUCAUGAAGAAAUUGACAGGGUGAUUGGACCAAACAGAAUACCUGCUGUGAAGGACAGGCUAGAGAUGCCAUACAUGGAUGCUGUGGUGCAUGAAAUUCAGCGAUUCAUUGACCUUGUGCCUUCAAACCUACCCCAUGAAGCAACCCGUGAUACAGUAUUCAGAGGUUAUGUCAUCCCCAAGGGCACAGUGUUAAUACCAACAUUGGACUCUCUCUUGUAUGACAAGCAAGAAUUCCCUGAGCCAGAGAAGUUUAAGCCAGAGCACUUUCUUAAUGCGGAUGGGAAGUUCAAGUACAGUGAUCAUUUCAAAGCUUUUUCUGCAGGGAAGAGGGUGUGUGUUGGAGAAGGCCUGGCUCGCAUGGAACUCUUCCUGUUUUUGUCUGCCAUUUUGCAGCACUUUAACCUGAAGUCUCUUGUGGACCCCAAGAACAUUGAUCUCAGCCCCAUCGCGAUUGGGUUUGGAAAAAUCCCACCCCACUACAAACUCUGUGUCAUUCCCCGUUCAUGAUUAUCAAGCACAUUUUCUCUAAGAUCCUUCCUCCCCCAAGGCUCUGAGAUGCAGGCCUGGAGUCUUCCUAUUCCCCAGCAUCCCCCAGUGAGACCAAAAAGACCCAUCCAACCUCCAGCAAAGGCAGUCAGGAAGUUAUUAUCUCGACAUUAAAAUGUGAAUUGUGAAUAACCAUGUGCAUGGGGAUGGUUAUGUGGAAAGUGACAGUUAGGGGAAUCUGUAACAAGGUCAAUGAGCUAAAUCUUAAUCUUAUGCAACGGAAGAGGAAUUUCUUUCUGUA